CAGAGUGCCGCUCUGGCGGACACCGAAUCUCGCUGCGAUUCUUCUGCCGACCCGAGCAUGGAAGAGUUAGCUAGGGAGAGCAUCAGCCUGCUGGCCUCAACCUCUGCCAAGCCACCGCUAGACGUGGGGCCCCGGCUGGGCUCCAUGGGAGCCGUCUUCAUCAUGCUGAAGUCCGCUUUGGGCGCCGGACUGCUGAACUUCCCCUGGGCGUUCGCUAGAGCCGGGGGCGUUCGGAGCGCGGUCACCGUGGAGCUGAUCUCGCUCGUGUUCCUGAUCAGUGGCCUGAUCAUUCUGGGUUAUUCCUCCUCUAUCAGUCGUCAACACACCUACCAGGCGGUGGUGAAGGAGCUGUGCGGCACGGCCAUUGGACAGUUGUGUGAGAUCUGCUUCAUCUUCAACCUUUUCAUGAUCUCUGUGGCCUUUCUGGUCGUAGUGAAUGACCAGCUGGAAAAGUUGUGCAACACUCUCUAUGAGCUGGUGACUGCUCUGCCAAAAUCUGAGAUGCCGUAUCAUUUUUACACUGACCACCGAUUUGCCCUAGUUCUGCUCUGCUUCUUCCUCAUCAUGCCAAUGUCCAUCCCCAAGGAGAUCGCCAUCCAAAAAUACACCAGUGUUCUGGGUACUGUAGCGGCAACCUACCUGACAGUAUCCAUAAUCAUAAAGUACUUCACCAUGCCGAAUGUUCCAGAUCACAGAAGCCCUUUCUAUUCCAGUGGGACUGGCGCCUGGGAAUCGAUGUUCAGCGUGAUCCCAACCAUCUGCUUUGGUUUCCAGUGCCAUGAGGCUUCCAUCGCCAUCUACAGCAGCAUGGAGAACCAGCGGCUUUCUCACUGGGCCUUUGUCUCUGUGGUUGCAAUGAUUAUCUGUCUCAUUAUUUACUCCCUCACAGGGGUUUAUGGGUACCUGACAUUUGGAAAGACUGUGGCUCCGGAUAUUUUAAUGUCGUACUCCAGUCAUGACAAACUCAUGCUCGUUGCCAGACUGCUGUUUGGAGUCUCCAUCAUCACCAUCUAUCCUAUCAUCGUGUUGCUGGGCAGAUCAGUGAUUCAGGACCCUCUGCUGAGUCGGUGGAGGAGACGGGACGAGGCGCUGAUGGUGAAGUUUGAAUGUCGCAGCCGAUGGGUUCUGACGGUUCUGUGGAUAAUGACGACACUACUCAUUGCUGUGUUUGUACCAGACAUCAGUAAAGUUAUCAGUGUCAUCGGAGGAAUCAGUGCCUUUUUCAUCUUUAUAUUCCCAGGACUCUGUUUGAUGUUUGCCAUGCAAUCUGAGCCAGUGUCCUGCAAGACCAGAAUCACCCUUACCAUUUGGGGAGCAGUUACCCUGAUCUGUGGAGCCUUUAUUUUUGGUCAAAGCACCACCGUCGCUGUCAUGGAGCUCCUUGGAAAGAUCUGACCUCUCAGGGAACCUUCUGUGAAUAAGUCUGAACUGUUUUGCUCCUCCUGAGGUCAGUUAUGACUCUUGAGUGACGGACAACAGAAACUGAAUACUGAGGACACACACACAUACACGCCUACAGCUUUCAGCUCAAUGCUUUCAAUGCACUGGGACACAGCCAGUAAAACGGUGCUGUCGAAGAUCUUUUUUUAUGUGAAUUUAUCGAUUACAACUGCACUGUGA